UCUUACGGUCCUCGCCGAGAGAGCACGUGCUGAUGCCAAGAAUUAAGCCCUGAUUGGGCGCGUUAUUUCCGGAGUGGCAGGAGUAGGAGGCUUUCAGGCCUAUGUCCUCGAGUAGCCAGGUGUCUAGCCUCUACGAGUCUGUGCGGGCCUGUACGGAAUAAUUCCGCAAAAAGUAUUGGCGUUCCGAAUUCAAAUGGGUGGAGGAUAGAACCCGGCUGCACGUGCCUUUGCUCAAGCGCCUCCUUUGCUUACAAAAUGCCAGCAAGAGAGCAUUCGCGACGACCAUCUACGCCGAUGGAAAAAAGAGACCCAAGAGACUCGUUUGAAGAUCCACAUCCACGUUCAACCACCGCCAAACCCCCACCCAGAGACUACCGAUCCACUUCCUCUUAUCUCAGCCCGGAACCGGCGAGCUCUGUCUCUCCUCAGGUUCCCUCCUCCAAUAUGAACUAUGGUAGUCUUACCAGGACGAGACCAACACGGAGUGCGACAACAGGACCAAGUCCGUCCGCCACCAGACCACGUCAUGUACCUUCAAGGUCGAUGUCAUCAGAUAGCUUCGAACGACCAUUUAAAAAGGAGAGUGCAAACUUGAGCGCUUCAACUCCCCCAGCAACAGAUCGCCCUGCAAAACCCGUUCGCAAGAAAAGUCAUCACGUCGAUUUGAUUGAUCAACUUGAUUACAGCAGCCUUGGGCAAGGAACUUUCCAUCAUGAUGGUCCCUUCGAUGCCCUGGCCCCAUCUCGUAAUCGGAACAAUAUCGCGAAAGCGCCCAUGCGCGCAUUCAAUGAAGAAGAAGCUAUUCUUGCAGCGGCCGCCCCUCCAGACCUAGCCUCGUCCUUGACGCAUCCCCACGAUACCACUGGACAGCUACUACACCCGUCCGGCCACGAAGAACACGCUCGCCGAAGCGUGGGGAAGGGCGGAUCCAGAACCUUUGAAGAAUUUUCGGCCGGUGGGUACAUAGGCCCGGGCAGCAAUGGUGCACCUAUCAGUAACAGGAUCAUGAAUGGCGAUGAUGCAGCAUCGAGGGCAAAAGACCUUGAACUUGCCGCCCGCAACGCAAGACGCAAUGCCCGCAUCGCACCCCCUCCUCAACCGAUCUUUCUCCCUGGAUCUGAAUUUGCCCCCACACGCAGCUAUGACGGGCCUACAAGUCCAAACGAAAACCCCUUCACACCUGAUGGCCGCCCGAAACGCAAUAAAUCACUCAUAAAUCGUUUCAGGCGUGUACGAGACAAUCCAAACAUUCCCCCAAAUCCUCCCUAUCCCCCGCCCGGGGUUGCAAAUGGGUAUCGGUAUGAUGACUCCCCUACGGAGGACAAAUUCUCGCCAUCGCCGACAGUUUUGUGAUCGUCGACGCUGAUCGUCAAACACCUGGGAAUGUAGACCUGUACCAGUCUUCUUCCUCCCGUGAUGCCGAACGUGGUCGUUCGCUGGAUAUUCGUAUCCAACGUCGUGCUGGGACAGCUGAUUACAGACCAGGUCGCCAGACGCCUAUGUAUGUCUCAACCAGGGAAAAGGAGUUACCGCCUCCUCCUCCUGAAGAUUAUUUCAACCAAAAUGGGAGCGGCGGGAGCACGGAGGAGGAUGACGGUCAUUCAACAUCUCCUGGUCCUAUGUCUGUUGGCACGCCGAACCGGAAAGCCAGUUUGAUG